AUGACUCUUUUAACCGUAAUUCUGGCUGUGUGGCUGAAUAUUCAGUCGACCGAAGCCUUCGGAAUAUCGUCGUUCGGAAAAGCGAACACAGACCCGCCAAAACCGCCCACAACGACGCCAGCGCCGGAAAAUGAUACUUUUUUGCGAAUCGAGAUGUGGUGCAAGCGGCAAGCGGCGUCAGCCUUCGUAUCCUUGAUACUGGCUGGGUUGACUGGGGUGUCGUAUGAAGCCCUCACCACCUUUGGCAAGAGCCAAGAUCCACCGAAAGAAAUAGCACCUACGACUCCACCAGCUCGCCCGUGCUCCAGACAAGCCGAAUGUGCAGGUAUUAGCAGCAGCUCUUGCGUGAGAACGCACUACGACCCGGCCACGAGAUGCCUUUGCGGUGACAACUCCUCACCCGUGAACGGCCAGUGCGAGUCUCAGGCUAAAAGUCUAUACCACGUGUGCUCGAACAGCGACGAAUGUAACGAGGGUCUCAUCUGCGGAGCCCCCAAUGUGACCAGCGCAUCCCCGCCACACAUGAAAGUAUUCUCGCCGCAAGACAAAAUAUGCCUGUGCGACUCCGAAAACGGAUUUAAAGAGAAAGAUCAUACGUGCAGCGAUGCUGACAUUCUGAAAACCUCGAUGUUCGCCAUUUUCGUCGUAGUCUGCAUCAGAAAUUCCGUUUUAAGUUAUUAAGAAUAAUUAUAUCAUAAGAUUACGAGCCUUUCUUAUUUUUCAACUUUGUUUUAAGUAAAAUGAUUUAUUUCAAUGAGGGCAGCACUGCGCCGUUGAAAAAUGUGAAACGGCUCGGUCAUUUAUUCAUCCGUUUGAAUCAAUAUUCUGUUUUAUUAAUUUAAUAUGUUAUUGUUUUAUGAAAGAAGACGCGGGCACAUCACUACUUAUAGCGCCAUCUUGUAUCAAAUAGUAGAAAUAAGAAAGCAUUCGCAACCUGCUUGUAGAGCCAUUUCAACAUAAAGUUAGCGACUACUAGGAAAUAUUUAUAAGUGAAAUUCAAUCCAUACUUUCUCGACCAAAAUUGAAAUUUUGCACAGAUAAUAUCAUAAUAUCAGAAGUGUUAAGAAGUAGUUUUUUCGUUGCUUUCAUAAUUUAUGUAAAAUUAA